UAUGAUGUAUGUAGGACAAGGGGUAUUUCCCACUUCCAUCUUCUAAUUAAGCUUCCUCCUUUGUUAUUCACAAACCACGUUUUUAUAUCAUGUUGUCGUCGUCAAACUUGAACCACCCAAACGUUGAUGGCAUUGGAAUCAUCAAUUUCCUUAGCCACAAAUACUAUUUCAUUACUGGAUCCACUGGUUUCAUAGCCAAAGUUUUUAUUGAAAAGCUGCUGCGAGAAGUUCCGGAGGUUCAAAAGGUUUACCUCUUGAUGAGAGCUCAAAAUGCUGAAGCCGCCGAGCAAAGACUUAAAACUGAAAUAAUAGAUUGCGAACUAUUUAAGCGGGUGAAAGAUGAACACGGAGAAAGAUACAAUGAGUUCAUGAAGAGCAAACUGGUUCCUGUUGUUGGAAAUUUCAGCGAUCCUGGUCUUGGCAUGGAUGCCGAUCUGGCUCGUCUCAUUGCGGACCAAUUAAAUGUCAUCGUAAAUUGUGUUGGCAAUACCAAAUGGCAUGAAAGGUAUGAUGUGCUUUUGGAUGUGAACGUGAGAGGACUUUCAAAACUUCUGGGCUACGCGAUGAAUUGCAAGAAACUCCGCCUUCUUGUACAGGUUUCAACUGCUUAUGUUGAAACGAGAUAUGAAGUUAUUAUGGAAAAUCCCAUAUUCAUGGAAGAAAGACGCAUACCAGAGAAGAAAAUGCCACAUUUUAUAACUCGAGCAGAAUUAGACAUCGAAGCUGAAUUAGAGAUGGUUUCAAAUUUUGCAUCUGGAAUACCAAAGGAUAAAUUGCAAAUAGAGAUGGCUAAGUUUGGUAUGAGAAGAGCUAAAAAUCUUGGAUGGCCAAACACUUAUGUACUAACAAAGGCUAUGGGAGAAGUGGUAUUAACCAAGUUCAGAGAAAAAUUACCAAUGAUUAUCAUCCGCCCGACUUUGGUCGAAAGCAGUUUAAAAGAGCCAUUCCCUGGAUGGAUUGAAGGAUACAGGGUGAUGGAUCCGAUCAUCUUAUCUUACGGAAAAGGACAACUUCAAGGAAUUACGGGAGACCCCUUAGCGGUUCUAGACAUUGUACCAGUUGACAUGGUCGUAAAUACUAUGAUGGCAGCCAUUGCGAAUCAUGGUAUUGUAGGGAAACCCGGGAUAAAUAUUUACCAUGUUUCUUCAUCUACGGAAAACCCACUCUUUUGUCACAAGUUAUUUGAAUAUUGUUGCAAUUACUUUACAUUGCAUCCCCUCAAAGAUUCAAGAGGAGAACUAAUAAGAGGAGUCAAAGAAAUGGAAUUCUUCACAACAAUUGAUGAAUAUGUAUUGUUUGGAUUGGAUGCUAAUAAGCCUUCAAAUGUUAAGCUGCAUAGCAAGCUUGUUCGCAUGGCUGCUAUCUAUAAGGGAACAAUGCUCAACCCAUCAAGGUUCAGUAACAAAAACAGUCAAGAAUUGUUUGGGAAAAUGUCCAAGGAAGAGAGGAAAGUGUUUGAGUUAAAUAUGAAAAGCAUAGAUUGGGAGGAUUAUUUCAUCAACAUUCAUUUCCCUGGUCUCAGAAAGCACAUUCUCAAGGAGAUAUUUUUACCCCCAAAACUUUGAAGCCUUAAUUCUUUUGCAAUAUGUUUCCUACUCCUCGAUCUACCUUUGUUGGAACUCGUCUUAUGUACGUAAAAUUCUACUCUGUAAUAAAUUCGGCACAUGCAUUGUACUUUCAA